AAUCGUCGGACCAAAUGGAAAGCUGGAAAAGCCAGUCUCCAUACCGUCGCGUUUUAUUCCUUCUCCUCCUCUGCUUCGUCCUUCCCCUUCUCAUCUUGGGAGCGGCGGCGGGGAAGAGAAGAGUUAGCAUCCCUGACGAUCUUUCCGACGUUUUGGACGACGAAGAAGACGAGGAAUGGAAGAAAUGGGGGCAGAAGAAGACUCGCUCGGAGGACCUUCUGCCGCCUCCGGACUUCUCCAAGAUGAAUCCCGCCGAGAUCCAGACUGAGAUGAUGAAGCGACACACGGGCCCUGCCUACGGCUUCGUUAAACUUCGACCUGGCGCCGCUCGCUCCAGGGAUGAUGUGCCUGUGAUUGCAAUGAGAUGGAGCAAUCUCAUCAAAACUGGUUCAGUUGAGGCUAGGUUCAUGGCUGUUGAUCGGCAUACUAUAAUGUUCACAAUGGAGAGGGGCCAAGACUUAAAAGAGUUCAAAGAGUUUGUUCUAAGUCAGCCUGAGGCAUAUGAAAUGAAGAUAGGGGAGCAGUUACUUCGCAGUCCUGGAGAUCCUCCUCUCGACCAAGUUAUUGAGAAGCUGAACACACAGAAAGAAACAAAUCAUUCAAAUGAUGAACUAUAGUUUGUCUAUUUUUCAAACUUCUUCUCACUUCCAUUGUUAGUCUGCUAAUCCCCCUUUGUUCUUCAGAUGGUUUGAAGCCAGAUGUGGCCUUUUUGCCAUCUAGGAAAGCUAGGCUUGUUGUAAGAGAACUCUCAUUUGUUCUGGAUUGAGAAUUGUUGAAGAUAUUUUUAUAUCUUCUUUCACAAAAUGUUAUGUUUCUGCUAUAGUUUUUUUUUUUAAUUUUCUUUUAAAACUUUUAUGAUUGGAUUUUCUUCAUAAUUGAAUAUGCUAAAAGAAUUCUGUGUAAUAUAU